AUGCGGCCCCGCCUCGAGGCACUGCUGCCACGGCGGCAGAGCCUGGCCAAGGAGCAGGCCGACGUCGGCCACGAGAUCCGGCGUCUUGUUUCAUCAUCAUCCACAAAGGGAGACGGGUCGACAAAGAGUGACAAGGAGAGGGACGGAGAGCAGCUGAGGCGCGCGCAGGCCCGGGCGCGUGCGCUCAAGGACGAUGCGACGAGCGUGGCGGCCGAGAUCGAGGCGCUGAAUGCGACGAGCCUCCGGCUGCGGCUGAAGCUGCCCAACACGACGCACGACGACGUGCCACGGGGCGGCGAGAGCGAGGCGCGCAUCGUCGCCGUCGGUGGCCAGCCGUCGCUCCUCGCCGACGGGCCGCUGCGAAAGGCCUUUGACGCGCUUCGUCUGCCUGUGACUCUGUCGCAGGCAGGGCUCGAUGGCGUGGCAAGUGCAGACCCGGCGCGGGACCACGUCGCGCUGCUUGAUGAAGCAGGCAGCCAGCUGCUCGACACGCACGCCUCGCAGCUCGCCUCGGGCGGCUCCAACUGGCCCUAUAUGCGCGCCAGCCUGGCGAAGCUCGAGCACGCACUCGUCCAGUACGCGCUCACGGCUGCCGUCUCCCAGCACGGCUUCUCGCCCUGCGUGGUGCCCGACGUCGUCAAGCGCGACAUUCUCGCCCGCACCGGUUUCGCCCCGCGCGACGGCGGCGGCGGCCAGGUCUACUGGCUCACCGUCGAUGGCGACGAGCGGCCGUCUGCUGAAGAAAAGGACACGGACCUGUGCCUCGCGGCGACGGCCGAGAUUCCCCUGGCUGGGCUGUGCGCCGGCCAGCUGCUCGAGAACCUCGAGGGCCACCCGCGCAAGCUCGUCGCUGCCUCGCACGCCUUUCGCGCCGAGGCCGGUGCGCGCGGCGCAGACAGCCGCGGCCUCUACCGCGUCCACCAGUUCACAAAGGUCGAGCUGUUUGUCGUCUGCGCCGGCGCCGAGUCGCACGCGAUGCUCGACGCCCUCCGCGGCAUCCAGGAGCACCUCGUCGGCCAGCUCGGCCUGCCGUACCGCGUACUCGACAUGCCCACCGAGGAGCUCGGCGCCAGCGCACACCGCAAGUACGACGUCGAGGUCUGGAUGCCGGGCCGGGGCCGCUGGGGCGAGGUGUCGAGCGCGUCCAACUGCACCGACUACCAGGCACGGCGGCUCUACCUCCGCCAUCGCUCUGCUGCCUCGGACGGCGAGGCCUACGCGCACACACUCAACGCCACCGCCGUCGCGGUGCCCCGCCUGCUCGUCGCCCUUGUGGAAAACUCCGGCGUGGCGUCCGACGGCCGGCUCCGACUGCCCGACGUCCUGCGGCCCUUCUGGCUCGCUCCUGCGCCCACAGCCCCCGCCGACGUCGAGUGGCUGUCGUCAACCUCCUCUUCCUCGUCGUCGCAUCCAUCACUCGCGCGCGCCAUCGACGCCGUGCGCGCCCUUGCGCAGCGCCAGGGCACCGACGCACCCACCAUGGUCCUCGCCUUUCUCAUCCUCCACGAGCUCACCGCCAUCCUGCCCCUCUUUGUCCUCUUCUGGCUCUUUGCCACCUUUGGCCUCGGCGGUGCCGUCGUCGCAUGGUUCCUCGAUGCCUCGCAUGGGCAGGUUCAGCCAACAGAAUCGCCAGCCGGGUCCGUCGCUGCGUGGAGGCGGUGGUGCGGCGAGUGGCUCAGCGAGGGCGCCGCCCGCGUCGAGCGCUACGGCCGCCGCAAGGGCUACUUUGGCUUUGCAGCCCCCGGCGCCUCUGAUGACGACGAGGCAGCUGCGUUAAAGACGGGCACCGUGCUCGCCGGCUCGUUUGCCAAUGCCGUCGCCGCGUACGCCGUCGUCAAGGCGCUCCUGCCCCUCCGUCUGGCCGCGUCCGUCGCGCUGGCGGGGCCCCUUGCGCGGCGCUGCAUCGAGCCCCUCAAGCGUGCGCUCCUGCGCCUGUCGCGUGCGCGUUCCACAAAAGUGCCAUAG